AUGCAGACUGCUUCUACAAAUAUUUGUGAAAGAAUGUGCAAUAAGUCCAUCCGUGAAAUUUCCUUGCUACUAAAUUUUCCACGGUCAACUGUUGGUAUUAUAAAAAAGUGGAAGCAACUGGGAACAACAGCAACUCAGCCACAAAAUGGUAGGGCAGAUAAAAUGACAGAGCGGGGUCUGAAGUGCACAGUGUGCAGAAGUUGCCAACUGUCUGCAGAGUCAAUAGCUAAAGACCUCCAAACUUCAUGUUGCCUACAGAUUAGCACAACCGUGCAUAGAGAGCUUCAUGGAAUGGGUUUCCAUGGCCAAGCAGCGGCAUCC